UCACGAUCCCUGUCUAUGCUUUUCUCCUAAAGCUUCACCAGGGCUGUCCACUGCAGCACCCAUCUCAGCCAAUCACACAAUCUUUUGGACUGGACAUCUUCUAGGACUUCUUCAGGGGCAGAAUGCCCCUGCAAGUUCUUAAUCGUGGAGAUUUAGGAGGUUUUAUUCUUUAUUCUUAAAUUCUCAGAUGAGGAUCCCUUUACGUUCUUCUUGAAGCCUAGUCCCAGAUUUUUGUUUUAGGUUAUUAAGAGUCUUGGAAUUAAAAAUGUCCUUCUAAAUGCUGACCGAGUCUUGUGGCCUGAUGGGAUCAGACAUCAGAGACCUGAGCACUCUGCUUCCAGCGGUCCCUACGCUGCCGGGGGGGACCACUAACUGUUCCCUAGCUGUCAGUGGAGCUCCGCAGUGGGGGCCGAUACUGGACUUUCACCCUGGCUCCCCGUAUGGCUCUUCGCCAUCCCAUUCAUUCGUCAAACAGGAGCCGGGCUGGGGGGGCACAGACCCUCACGAGGAUCCCCACUGUGGUUUAGGGGCCUUCACUGUACACUUCUCAGGCCAAUUCACAGGGCCUGGAGGCUGCAGGCAUGGGGCUUUCACAGACUCUCCCUCCAGCCAGAGCAGGAUGUUCUCCGGUGGACCCUAUCUGCCAGGCUGCAUGGAGAGCCCUCCUGCCCCGCGUAACCAGGGUGAGACAGCCGCCCCUCUCAUGGGUUAUGGUACGGUAGCACUAGAUGGAGCACCUAGUUACAGUCACACACCGGCACAACACACUCCACCAUUCCCCAACCAUGCCUUCAAACAAGAGGACCCUAUGUCCCUGCAAAACACCAUGGGUGAGCAGCAGUACCCUGUCACCCCAAAUGUUUAUGGAUGCCACAGUUCCCCUGACAGUCAGACCUUACUUUUGAGAAAUGCCUUCAACAGUGAUAAUCUGUACCAAAUGGCAUCCCAAUUGGAAUGUGUGACCUGGAACCCCGUCAGCUCACUGACGCCCAGCAUCAAGAGUCACAGUGCGAGUUAUGAGAGUGAACCUUCUGCGGGAUUGGCUUCUGUGGUGUACAGUUGCAACACCCAGUAUCACAUACACACACAUGGUGUGCUUAGAGGACUACAGGAUGUACGGAGAGUACCAGGCAUCACUCCCUCAAUUGUGAAAUCAUCAGAGACUAGUGAGAAACGUCCGUUUAUGUGUUCAUACUCUGGCUGCAGUAAGAGAUACUUCAAAAUGUCCCACCUGCAGAUGCACGAAAGGAAACACACAGGAGAGAAGCCCUACCAGUGUGACCACCCAGGCUGCGGCUGCAGGUUUUCCAGAUCUGAUCAGCUAAAGAGACACCAGCGCAGACACACAGGAUUCAAACCCUUUCAGUGUGAGACAUGUCAAAGAAAGUUUUCUCGCUCAGACCAUCUUAAGACCCACACUCGGACUCAUACAGGUGAGAAGCCAUUCACUUGUCGCUGGUUCAGCUGUCAGAAGAAGUUUGCCCGCUCAGAUGAGCUGGUCAGACAUCACAGUAUGCAUGAGAGGAAUCUGACCAAACUCCAGUCUUCUGUUUGAGACACAAACUCUGUACAUACACAAAUAUACUGUACAUAAACACACAGAUGCAGAGGUACUCUCAAUAGAAAAGAUAGACUUGUUUACUACAUUUUCAAAGCUUCCCUGUUAGGAACAAAGAAAAACAUGGAAUUCACUAAAUACAUACAAAUAUUUGGAAGAGUUUUUUUCCCAGGUUGCAUCUGACAUGGUACAGUGCCAUUUACAAAAGGUGUCAGUUGAAUGUGUAUGAAUCAGUCACGUUUUACAUCAUCUCAUUUUCUAAAUUCUUUUAUUUUUUUUCAUUAUUUUGUUUUACAUAAAUGGAAAGUUGAUUGCACUGGAUAUACUUCUAUUCAAAAUGUUUAAAUGUGCUGGGUCAUUUAAAUCGUUUAAAAAUGUGGAAUUAAUUCCUAAUUCAUUAUAGAAAAUUGAAAUUUGACAUUUUGAAACAAAAAGCACUGUAAUGUCUGUAUAUAAUAUUUGUUAAGUGACAGCAGUCUUUUUAAAAUAACUGUUGUAUUAAACUACACACAAAAUCCUCAGGAUAGCUGUGUACAGAAUAUUGAA